AACCAAGAAAGCGUUCAUACAUAACCUAAAAAAAUAUCAUGCUACGCGCAAACAUCGUAAAACAAGGAUUACGGACAAUGUCGACAUUUCGUUUGGCGCUAGUACAGCUCGCCGUUGGCGAAAAUAAAUCUACGAACAUUGCGCGAGCGAUUUCGUUCAUCGAACGUGCGAAGGAACAAGAGGCUGACAUUAUCGUGCUUCCUGAAUGUUUCAAUUCACCGUACGGAACAUCACAUUUUGCAAAAUACGCUGAGAGCAUUCCGGAUGGCGAAACCAGUGUUGCAUUAUCGGAGGCAGCCAAAAAGAGCAGCGUUUACGUAAUCGGUGGUACGAUACCCGAAAGGGAAGCUAAUAAAUUGUACAAUACGUGCACUAUUUGGGCGCCCGAUGGAACUCUGAUAGCGAAGCACAGGAAGAUGCACUUAUUCGAUAUCGACAUCAAAGGAAAAAUGACUUUUCGCGAAAGUGAUUCGCUAAGUCCCGGAAAUUCGUUAACGACUUUCGAGGCGAAUGGCUGCAAGAUAGGCGUUGGCAUCUGCUAUGAUAUCAGAUUCGAAGAAAUGGCACGUCUUUAUCGGAACAAAGGUUGCCAGAUGCUGAUAUAUCCAGCGGCAUUCAAUAUGACCACCGGACCAUUGCACUGGUCGUUGCUGCAGCGUUCCAGAGCAAAUGACAAUCAAUUAUAUGUCGCUUGCGUAUCACCAGCUCGUGGUUCUCCGCCCGGUUACGUCGCGUGGGGGCAUACCCAGUUAACCAACCCUUGGGGAGAAAUUCUUCACGAGCUAGAUGCCACCGAGGACAUGCUGGUCGCCGAUAUAGAUACGAAGGUCGUAGAUGAAGUGAGGACUCAGAUACCCACGUUCGCUCAGAGACGCACCGAUUUAUACGAUACCGUUUGGAAGAAGGACUAACGCAGAUAAUUUUAAGCAUGCUGGAGAACUACAUUCGCAAAAAUACUUUUUACAUUUGUAUUAAAUAAAGCACAAAGCAUAUACAAUUGAAACUUACCUGGAAAUGACUUUAAGGGAUGGAUAGGUAUAUUACUGA